GGAAUGGUGAGUGACGUUCGUGAGUGAGUGCCAUUUGCAUUGCUUUGUUCCUUUGGUGCUUUUGUAAAAUAAACAACAUUUCCAAGUGAAAAUGAUUUAAAUAUAAAUCAAUUUGUAUUUAUUAGUACCCUCAAGCUGAUCAAGCUUAGUUUUGGCAAAUUAAUAUUAUUUCACUAAUUUUGUUGCUGUAAAAUAACAAGCUUCUCAAAAUGUCUUCUGGGCCAUACAACUACUCAUAUAUUUUCAAAUAUAUUAUCAUUGGAGACAUGGGUGUUGGUAAAUCAUGUCUUUUGCAUCAAUUUACUGAUAAAAAGUUUAUGGCUGAUUGUCCUCAUACAAUAGGAGUUGAAUUUGGCACUCGUAUUAUAGAAGUUGCUGGACAGAAAAUUAAACUACAGAUUUGGGAUACAGCUGGACAAGAAAGGUUCAGAGCUGUCACGCGAUCGUAUUACAGAGGUGCAGCAGGUGCCUUGAUGGUGUAUGACAUAACAAGAAGGUCCACUUACAAUCAUUUGAGCAGUUGGCUUACAGACACACGAAAUUUAACAAAUCCAAGCACUGUGAUAUUCCUGAUUGGCAAUAAAUCUGAUUUAGAUGGUCAAAGGGACGUCACUUAUGAAGAAGCAAAACAGUUUGCUGAUGAAAAUGGAUUGAUGUUUGUUGAAGCCAGUGCUAAAACCGGGCAGAAUGUGGAGGAAGCUUUCCUAGAAACAGCUAAGAAGAUAUAUCAAAGUAUUCAAGACGGUCGCCUGGACCUGAACGCGGCCGAGUCGGGCGUGCAACACAAGCCCGCGUCGCCGGGCCGCCCGCUCGCCGCGCAGCCCGCCGCUCGGGACAACUGCGCUUGCUAACCUAUCCUUGUUCGUUAAUACUAGCGCUUUGUAAUAAUACUUAACAAACAUGUUAGUUAAUUCUACUGUAAACCCUAUUUUAUUUUAAAUAUUGUAUUUAUACUUAUCGCGUAUAGUGUACAUUCCAUGAAGUAUCAAGGUGUGAAGAAGUAGGGUAUAAUUGUGUAAAUUAAUUUUAAUGUGCAAUGUUCAGGUACAUAUUAUUAUAAGUAAAAUCACAAAUCGAUUGUCAUUGUUUUUUAAUAUACGAGUGCACAUGAAAAGAG